AUGAGCAAGAACUAUGACAAAAUUUUGGAGGAAUAUAAAGAGCUAUGUGAUGAAGAGGAAGAUGUAAAUAAAGAACUGGAGAUAAAUGAGAUAGAAAAAGAGCAGACCAAUGCGUGCAAACACUGGUUGAGAAAAGUAGGAGAGAUGAAAAAAGAUGUCAAAGGAUUGGAGGAAAAGUAUAAAAAGUCCUUCAGCUGCUUGUGUGGAUUAUGUCCAUUUUUUCGUCUUGUGAAACUUGGUGGCCGUAUUGUAAAAAAGACUGAGAAGGUAAGGAAUCUGAAGGCUGAAAGCAAUAAUAUCAGAAGUUUAAUGGUUCAGAAGGCGCCGGCUCCACAUAUAACGAAUCCUACCAACAAAAUUAGUGAAUUCCCAUCCCUUGAAGAAAACGUAAAAGAGCUACAAGACUGUCUAAUAGUUGAAAAUUUAAAAAGAAUUUGCGUUUUGGGACCAAUUGGAGUUGGGAAAAGUACAAUAAUGAAUCGUCUCCACCAAACAAUGAAGGGGUCUAAAAUGUUUGAGAUUGUUUUCUUGAUAGCUGUAGGCAGAAAAAGAAAUGAAAGAUACAUACAACAAGAACUUCUAAAGCGGUUGCAAAUAAAACCAAAAAAGUUCAGUGAUGAACAAAGAAAGAGCAUUAUUCAUGAACAACUGAAGAACAGGAGCUAUUUAUUGUUACUCGAUGAAGUGUUUUCAAAGAUUGAUUUGGAAGAAAUAGGCAUUAAUGAUGAACAUAAAGGAAAAGUAGUCUUUGCUUCCAGGUAUUUAGAUGUUUGUGAGCAGGCAGAUGAACAGAUCGAAGUAAAGAGAUUGUCAAACAUGGAUGCUCAAAAUAUGUUUUGGGAGAAGGUGGGUGUGCAUUUAAAGGAUAAUCCACACAUCAAGAGAGAGGCAGAAUUGAUUAUCAAGUUCUGCAGCGGCAAUCCAUACCUGAUAAAGUUGAUUGGAAACCACUUGGCAUCUAAAGCAAGGGUUCCAGCAACAAAUGGGACGGAUCCAGCAAUAUAG